AUGUCGGACUCAAACCGGGCUUCGUCGUCACGAGAGGACAGUCAACGAUCAGACUUUGCGACAGCCGUCGUGUUGUCCACAUUGCGAAACGAUGAAAACUUGAACCCCGCACCCCUAAUACCGGUAAUCUCAUCCUCUGCAGUUGCGGACGCCAAUUUAAUCCCUAAGACUGCAGAAGAAUAUGAGUACUUGAGAUGCCCAAAAUUAAAGGGCAAAACCACUAUGGUGCAAAUCCGGCAGGAACUUGGAAUUCCGGGAUCGCCUGAUCCAAUUCAAGGUCCAGUCAAUGACUAUAAGUGGAAAUCGCUUUCUGCAAGUAGAAAUUCACAUGACUUUAUUAAUGAACUCGAUAAAGACCCGAACCUGGACCUUAACGAUGAUAGUGUGUCUUCGAUGGUAAAAAUCUGUCAGGCUCUUGAACAAUCGAAGAUCUAG